AUGUAUCAGUUCAAGAUGGAAGUGGCCAUGGCGAUUGUCGCCUGGGCUUGCACCGCGGUCGGCCAAAACCUGCCCCUCGCUCGGAGCCACGACCCUGGCCAUCAUUCAAGGGGCAAUUAUGAUAUGACAGACCUCCAGGCCAAGCUUUCUAGCUCUGCCAAAAUCUACUAUCCCAACACGACUGAGUUCGAAGCUGCCUCGGCUCGAUGGUCGCUGUUGGACGAGCCUACUGUGAAUGUGGUCGUGGUGCCUGGUACUGAAAAUGAUGUUGCCGAGACUGUCCAAUUUGCCAACCAGCGGGACUUGCCCUUCUUGGCCUCCACUGGCGCUCAUGGAUCCCUCACCUCGCUGGGCAAGAUGACCCAGGGAAUUGAGAUUUACAUGACUCAGCUCAACACCGUCACCGUCUCGGGAGAUGGAAAGACCGCAACCAUUGGCGGCGGAGCGAUGGCGAAGGCUGUCGUUGACGAGCUUUGGAACGCAGGAAAGCAAGCCGUUACUGGAACAUGCGAGUGUGUUAGCAUUCUCGGUCCCGGUCUCGGUGGAGGUCAUGGCUGGCUCCAGGGACACCAUGGAUUGGUCGCUGAUCAGUUUGUUUCGAUGAACGUUGUCCUUGCCAAUGGAGCCUUAACGACGAUCAACGCAAAGUCUGACCUUUGGUGGGCGAUGAAGGGUGCUGGCCACAACUUUGGCAUUGUUACUUCUCUCACCACCAAGGUCUUCGACAUUCAGUACAGCAACUGGGCGAUUGAAACCAUCACCUUCAGUGGUGACAAGGUUGGUGCCGUCUACCAGGCUGCCAACGACUAUCUGUUGAAGAACGGUACCCAGCCAGUUGGCUUGAUCAACUGGUCUUACUGGCUUAACAACCCAGGCGCUGACCCCAACAACCCGGUCAUCAUUUUCUACAUCAUUCAAGAAGGUGUCACCACCGUCGACUCAGCCUACACCCGGCCUUUCCACGACAUUGGACCUCUCUCAAUCCAGCCAGCGUCAGGCACCUAUACCGAUCUGGCUUCGUGGACUGGAAUCGCCAACAACCAGCCACCCUGCCAAAAGGCUGCCCUUGCCAACCCACGCUUCCCAAUCUAUCUCCAGUCAUACAAUGUCGACGCGCAAACGAAGGCGUACAAUGUCUUCGCAAACGCUGUCCGCGGAACCUCGGCCUUAAACAACUCCAUCUUCAUGUUCGAGGGCUACUCCAUGGAGGGCGUGCAAGCAAUCCCCAGCGACUCUAGCGCCUUCGCCUUCCGCAGCGAGAACAUCCUUGCCGCCCCGCUGAUCAACUAUCUCCCUGCUGGCUCCACUCUGGACUCUCAAGUCGCCAAUCUGGGCAACAAGCUUCGUGACAUUCUUCGUGAUGGUACCGGCAUGGAUGAUUUCCGGGCUUAUGUCAACUAUGCCUACGGCGAUGAAUCUCUCCAGGAGUUGUAUGGAUGCGAGAGCUGGCGCCAGGACCGCCUGAAGGCUUUGAAGGCAAAGUAUGACCCGACUGGCAAAUUUAGCUUCUACGCGCCCAUUGCGUAG